AUGGGGAGUUGGUCUCACCAUCCUCCACCCAUGGGGAGCUGGGCAACAGAUCCACCAUUUUUUGAGAGCUUGUCGCCAUGUUCACCAUAUUCGGGAAGCUCGCAACUAGGGCCAGCAAGCCUUGGGAGCUGGCCGCCUUGUCCACCACCUCUAGAGAAUUGGCUACAUGAUGCACCACCACCUAGUUCGAUGCCAUCAGGUAGUUCAUCUGGUCCACCAUGUCAUGAUUUCAUGCCAUCGGGGUGUCCACUUGGCUCUGGUCCCCUCAUCAGGCCACCUGAAACUAUACAACCAGCACCAAAGCUGGAUGAAAAAGCAAAACCUUUGACUAAACCUGGUAGCAAUGACAAAACAAAACCUUACGACUCAGAAGAAGUGAAAUCUUCGUCUAAAUCCGGUGACUCGAGUAAUUCUGGAAAGCAACCAGCCAAUACAGAUCCUCCAAAACAAACAUUAAAUCAAGAUGACAAAGCAAAACCUUUGACUAAACAUGGUAGCAACGACGGAACAAAACGUGAUACCUUUGAUGAGGUGAAACCUCCAACUAAAUCUAGGGACAACAGUAGUUUAGGAACACCACUAGCCAACACAGGUCCUCUAAAUCAUGUACAAAAGCCCGAUGUCCAGGAAAAUCUUUCAACUACACCUGGUGAGAAUGUCAAAACAGAAUAUCCAGCUAAACACGGCGUCUCCUUUGAACUGAAACCUCCAACUACACUUGGCGACUCUAGUAAUUCUGGAACAUCACCAACCAGUACAAAUCCUCUUGAACCAGAACCAAAUCUAGAAGACAAAGGAAAACCUUCGAUUAAACAUGGAGGAAAUGACGAAACAAAAUCUCCAAUUAAAGGCGACGGUUUUAAUGAAGUGAAACCUAUAACUAAACCUGGUGGGUCUAGUACUUCUGGAAUGCCAGCAGCCAAUAUAGGUAUUCCAAAGGUGGUAUCUAAGCCGAAUGACAGUGAAAAAAAUUCGGCUGAAGUUGGUGGAAAUGACGAAACAAAGCUUGGUGGAUCUGAUGAAGUGAAACCUCCAACUAAAACCGGUGGCUAUGGUAAUUCUGGAAUGCUACCAACCAAUACAUAUCCUUCAAAACUGGCACCAAAACCAUAUGAUAAAGAGAAGUCUUUGACUAUUCUUGAUGGCACUGACAAAACAAAAUCUUCAACUAUGCAUGGCGGAUCCAAUGAAUUGAAACCUCCGACUAACCUUGGUAGCAAGAAUGAAACAAAACCUCCUACUAAACUUGGUGGUAGUGACGAAACGAAACCGUUACAUUGGUUUUUGAUCCGCAAGUCUACUCAGGGCAAGCAGUAA